AUGGAUUGUAGAGUGUAAAUAUAGGACAUUCGAAAAGACCUAUUGAUUAUUGGAAUCAAAAGAUACAACGAUAUUAGAAUGUACCCUAGCUUUUAGUUUAUACAAGUAGUGAAAAUAUGUCUGUGAUAUGUUACAUUGGCAAAACUUGAUAUGCUAAUGUUCGGGAAAGUGAGAAAAGUCGCAAAAGCUCUUACCGGCGUCCUUCACUGCGCGGUGGCGUAAAUUGAUCGCACCGAUAGUCCCAUCGGAAAAUGUGCAGUUUUGUGUCAGGUUGAUACGAGGUGGUUAUCAAAUAGAAGAAUUAGCUAACAUAUCAGUUUUCUCAGUCAAUAUUCCAGCACUUAUUAAUCUGGUUUUUGGAGCUGCUAUCCUUGCAAUCAAUUCAUGUCAUAAAUUAGCAAUGAUUGGGCUUCAUAAAGCACGAGCUUUUCGUUUACUCCAGUUAUCGGGUUUUUAUUUCGAUCAGUGUUCAAUCAGCUACAUACUUGUUUAGCCCGUAAAUAUCGAAGUUUUAAGACAUGCUUAUACCAAAAUACAACAUUGCAUAAUCGGUGGUGUUUACUUUCUUCUGUUUCCUAAUUGACAUUAAUUAAGUUUUUGCUUCAACACCGCAGAAAGGAUUCACAAGUUAUGUAAACGCGACCUUUUGCCGUCCUGUAUAUUUUAAGUCAACAUUAUCUCUUUGAUAACGAGUUCUAAGAGACUCGAACGCAAUUUCUUCAGAACAGUACACUUUCACUGAUAAAACGCUGAUAACUUCCAAUUCACAUUGAUUUUCAAAGUUUUAAGUAACAAUUGAAAAUUCACAAACGUAAUUCACUAUCCUACCUUGCAAUUCAUAGUCCUAAUUAUUGAUGUUUUUUUUAGCAUAUUGCCGAUCUGUCAGUAAGUGACACGAUCUGAUACGUAUGCUUAGAAGCAUUGUGUUACGAUGCUUCUAACGUUUUUCUACAUGGUUGCAACAUGGGUUCAAGCCUGGAGGUUGUCAUCACUAAGAGCUCGUUUAGCGGCUCUAUUACAAAAUGCCAACUCUCCCACACCAACCAUAGUAUUCCACAACAAUUCCUUAGGCUGCGUCAAACAAGAUUCUAAUGCAGCCAAAAAUUCGUCAAGUCAAAGCUAUGGUACUAACGAGAGUCUCAGUUCAGAAUUGUGCAGUAACAGAAGCCUCGCCAAACUAGGCGAUUUGAUUUGGUACCAAGGCGAUAAACAGCUCUGUACUAUAUUUCCGCAACAAAAAAUCAAUGUUUCGCAGUGGUUGAAAUAUCCCAUCAGAAAAACAAUAUUUCCCCUUCAUAUGCACAAUUACAGUCGUACCGCUACACUUAAAGACUAUAGAAUGCAUGUAAUUGUUGAGGCGGAGUUGGAUGACUAUAAUCCUACAGCAUCUAUUAAGGCAAUAAAGCUUGAGGAUUAUGGUACAGUUGUUGCUUGGACAUCAGAAAGAUAUCUUGCUCUUAUAAUUGAAAUGGAUUUAGACUACCUCACCAAAUUGUGCACAGCAUUAAUGCAUGGACAGCAAUACAUUAAUAAUGGACUUCUACUGACCCGUGUGCAAUCUGUCAUGGUGGAGGGAAAACCGUGUGUUUAUAGCACCGAUAAACUCGAGUUAUUUUACAAGACCAAAUUAAUUGGAAAAGCACAAUGGAAUGCUCAAGUAAAAAAGUUGAGAACGUUUAGUAGUACUGCCAGAAUAGUAUCGCAGCAAGGCACACCAAUCGAAGUAGAAGAAGUGCCAGGAAUCGUCAUAUCACCUGGGAGUGAAACACUCACGCUUUGUGCUCCUACAAUAUUAGAGAUCACUAUACCUUCGGAUGCAGCUAUCCAAAGUGCAUCGGAUACACCAUUUCCUUCAACGCCACCACCUACGCCAGCUUCUGCAUCAGCAAUCAUUAACGGUACAGCCGCCAGGUUGUCACAAGAACUCAAUGGUUCUUUGGAUUUAAGUCCUACAACUUCGUUCGACGUAACACCAGUUCUGUCUAACAGCCCUAGUCUGUCAAAGACGCAGGACCGGGUAUCACCCGAUUCUAUAGAAUCAAAUCUAACAAAAUCUGUAGUCGUGAUUGACUCAAUUCCAUCAGAAUGUUUGGAUGUAUUACCAAAUGAACCUGUUUCCAAAACACCAUCCCCUAAAACACUACCGCUCACUAGUACAGCAAACUACUCACCAUCGAAAAAACCUGUGACUGGAUCAAAAAAUUAUGCCAAGCCGCCCAACAUCCUGAUAUAUGCUGACAGUACAAUCGCCGUUGAUAACGUGAAAAGAGUGUUGGAAUCUAUUCUUAACAGAAAUAAGUACACAAUGUACACGUUGUCUAACGACGAAGCACGCAGUGAUGUCUGGAUGGAUCAAGCUAGACUAACAGUCGUGUGUGGAAACGUCGGUGUUGAUGUUGCCUCACAACUUGUUGAGUACAUGGUGCGAGGUGGAAAGUUGCUCGCGUUGUGUUCAGACACGUUGCAUACGUUAUUACCCACGUUCAAAACAGCCGAAGUACGUGAGCAUGAGCUAGUUCGAUUUUCGUAUGGAAAAUGGAAGCAUGUUCGCAUGAUGCAUCACAUCUUUUGCUAUCAAGCAUCCCCUGCAAAAUCGAGGUUUUCACAAGAUCACGAUGACGUCAAGGUUGCAGCACCUUUGACACCUGCAUCAGCAAAUGUUCGUGAUAAAGCGGGAAAGACGCAUACUUUUCACGUCAGAGUUUUAGGGACCGAAGAAACAUGGCACACUCCGAGUCUUCUACUCGCUAAUCUUCCCGCAACUGGUGGCAAAGCUGUCUUCUCGCAAAUCCAUUUAGAAGUCGAUCCAUCGCAGUAUGAGUUCGAAGAGAGUAAAUUCUCAGCUUUGAAACAAAGUGACUCAGCAAGGCUUGAAAUAUUCAGCGACUUGUUGAGCACACAUCUGGGGAUGGAUGUUUCUUCUGAGCCUCGUGUAGUUCCGGCUUAUAGUCCUGGUUUUUUCUUAGGACGUCACGAGCUAAAGUUAGAAAUGCUGGAGAAGUUGAAAGAUAAGAUGCAACCAAAUCAUUUGAUAAAAACUGGAAAGCUAGAGAUUCAGUUUUGUGGACGAACUACCAAAGUUAUUACACCCUCUGCGUCAUUGUUACCAGUAAUGAUUCACCAGUGUCCGGAUAAUUUUUCUACCGUCGAGUAUUUUGAGAAUUUGAGUUCCGAGGAAUUGGGACGAUUAGUGAUAUAUGCCGAUGUAUUGACUUCGUCAAUGGACGUUGUCGCAGAUUGUAAACUACAGCAUGGUCUUGCUGUUAUUCCAUGUCAACAGGUUAAUGGACAAGGGAGAAACAAGAACGUCUGGCUAAGUCCAAAAGGUUGCGCAAUGUUCACAUUGCAGCUGCACAUUCCAUUAGACUCAUCGUUGGGGCAACAUCUGCCACUACUUCAGCAUUUAGUUGCAACUGCAAUUGUUUCUGCUAUAAAAUCAAUUCCUGGUUAUGAGGAUAUUGAUCUGAGACUGAAAUGGCCCAAUGAUAUUUAUGCAGGAAAUACGGCAAAGAUCGGAGGUCUGAUAGUAACAACUCUGGUGGAAUCCAAAACAGCAAUUUGCAAUAUCGGUGUUGGGGUAAAUUUAUCUAAUAGCGAACCAACUUGUUGUAUCAAUGAUCUGAUUUCUCACUACAACAAUGAAAACAAGACCAACUUGCCAAAGUUAUCCCCUGAAAAGUACUUUGCCCUAGUGUUUAGUGAGCUGGAAAGAAUGCUAAACGUCAUACAGUCUGGAAACCUGAAUCAUUUCUAUGAGGUCUACUAUGAAUACUGGAUGCACACCGAUGCAGAUGUGAUGGUAGUGUCACCGGAGGGAACGUCGCAGGAAGCUAAAAUAUUGGGAAUCGAUGAUUACGGUUUCCUACAAGUAUGUGGCGAUGGCGGAAACAUUUUCACUGUACACCCAGAUGGUAACAGUUAUGAUAUUCUAAAAGGAUUAAUUGCUCCGAAAAAGUAGAUCGUGUCAUCGAACCGGCAAGGAAAAAAGAAAGAAUGAGACAUAUUGAAUGCAGCUUAUAUUAGUUAUCAUUAAUUGGUGAUAAUUUGAUUCCCGAAACCGCAAAUGAUUAGAUGUUACCUUUAUCAAAACUGAAAAUAAUAUGUGUUUGGUAUGUGUACGAAGUGAAACUCACGAAAAAUCACUGUUCAAUUAAUGAUGGAUGAAAACUGGAAUAGAAAAUAGCUGGUCUAUGCAAAUAAAAUUAGAUAGUGAGAAACCCAAAUACGUGAUUGAAGCCAGGUUAAGGUUGUGAAGUCCAAAUGACAAUUUUAAAAUAUGACAAAAUUCGCGCUUGUUUAACGGGUUGGUGCAUUUUUACAGUUUUGUAUAGGUGGGCUGUUAUGAAUUUUUAUGAAAUUUAUAAAUUACUGACACAAGAAAAUUUCUUGAUCAGAAAAAAUUCGAGCACAUUUAUUUAGUGUUAUAUUUGCAGUAUGAGUCAUAUUGUUCAAAGUAAUCUGAAAUUAUUGAAUCUAUAUCUGUGGUACGCCGGGGAUUUCGUAUCGCGCGAAGCACAAAAGCACAAUUAAAAAAUGCGGCAGUGAAAAAUAAUGAAAAAUAAAAAUUUCGUUUUGCUUUUACUCUAUCAUAUCGAAACAUUUAAUUCCAGGUUCCUCGUGUUUGCCACUGGUGUUUAAAAAAUAAAAAUCCAUGACAUAUACCAAUGUAAUCGUAGUUUCCAAUUGGGUAAUAAGAAUUGGCCCUUAGGUGUUAUCGGUGAUAGGAACGUUGACCUUUAAUCUUCCAUUUCCAUUCCACAUUGUUUACCGGAACUCUAAUAACAAUGAUAAUGAAUAUUAAAAAAGUCUUAUGUUGAAUAAUAGAGGACACAAUUCAUGCAUAAUAUUUCAAGUGAUAUUAGGUAAAGAAAAAUCUAGUACCGAAAAUUGUCACACACAGUAAUUUACAGUAAUAGCAAAAUACACAUUAUUAAUAUAGUAGAGGACAGGAGGGUAAUAUGGAACCAUAUUGCUCUGAUACUGUAAUGGAUGGAACUGUAUCAAGGAAGUGUGCUCUUAUUCAUUUUUGGAAAAAUUUUUUAGAUGUCCGCUAAAUUUAAAAUUGUACGUCCAGUUCGAAAAUUGAUUGGAUAUUUCAAGACAUUCGCCGGUUCCAUAUCCCGCUCUUUUCCUAUAUUUCUAUUGAAAUCAAGUCGUGUGUUUCAAAUGCUGCCUAUAAACAAAUUUAUGAGCCAUUUAUAAAUGUGAUUUAUAUUAUACAAUUAAGGUAGUCGAUCUCCGAGAUUUCACGCAUUGCUACAUUUAUGAAUCAUUAAUCAUUGUUUGUAUGAACUGUACACAUUAAAUUCUUAUCAAUGUUAUCUAAUAAAAUAAUAUUCUGUUGUUA